AUGGCACAGCGAGAUGCAUUAAAUGCAGGACUCCCAAGUCUCAUCCGUGACUACCGAAUUCCUCCUGAGGCUCGCCAUAAGUAUAACAAGUUUUCAGACCUCAAAAUCUUUCUAGAAGAGAGAUUUAAGAAAUUCGUUGAGCAUGGGGCAUCUCAAUACGUUGCGAUCCAGGAAUUUAGCCUGGAUGAUUUGGAGGAGAUGGAACGAAAAGGCCUACGUCGGCAACUACCGAGAUUCAGGGCCCUGACUGACGAUAAGGACAAGAUAAUGAUCGCUAAACUUGCUGGCGUUCAUCACGGGACUUUCCAAGUGGUCUCUCAAAAAGAGCCUGAUGGCUCUUUUAAGCCUAUGACCAGAACUCAGGCUGUCGACUACCCAAGUUGGGUCGUCGAGAUAGGAGACUCGGAGCGUCUAGCCCAACUUCGUUUGAGAGAUGGUGCCAUUGUCCCCCUGCCCGGAACACCCGCGGUGCUGCUGCUCAAUCAUGGCAUGCUGGAAAAAUUCAGGAACUCACUUACGAUCACAACACCCAGCAGGUUACGGGUGCUGCACCAUUGCUCCUACCAAUUGAUCACCUCCUCGACAAUGUCCCAGGCAAUAUACCACCUGGAGUCUUCACCAUCAGCGAGCAGAGAAUACAGUAUUUUGGCAGUUGGGUCUUUCAGUCGCUAA